GUUUAAAUAGGCUAAUAGUAUGUGCUUAAAAGAUACUCAUGGAACAAUUUAAUCUUUGGAAUUGAAAACUGAAGUUGAAGCUUUUCUAUUAUCACAGUAUUAAUUCCAUUUUAUUCUUAGAAUAUAAGUUGAACGUCAAUGUAGAUGAUAAUUUAAAUUCAACAACAAGACAUACUGUUAUUGAUUUGGAUAUCAAUAUAGUGUAGAUUCAACAAUAAAUACAACUUAUUUUAUUAUGAAUAACACCCAUGGUUAGAGCGAGUUUCGAACUUUGGGUAUAGUUAAUUUUAAAAAGUUUGGUAGUUAAUAAUGAAUAUAUAUAAAUCUGUAUUAUAACUAAAUUG